AGCAUGGCCUACAUAAGUAUAUUGACUACCCUGGCACUUGCCACCGUUUUCCCAUCGGCCGUUUCCUAUCGUCUUUUCAACAGAGAAAUAUGUUAUGCUGCUCCUUCUGUCACCGGGAUGUGCAAGGGAGAUUUUCCUGCAGUGACCUACAAGGGCGGAAAAUGUAUUGACUUUACCUAUGGGGGCAGUGGCGCGACUCCCAACUUUUUUAAUUCAAUGGAGGAUUGCUAUGCAACUUGUAUGGACAUAGUUUUUCCAGAAACUUAAACAUAAAAGAACAUUAAAAUACUAUUAUAAGUCAUUUUAUCAUUAUUUCCCGUACACAUUCGAAUGCUUUUAAGGAUAUAAAUAGGAAUAUUUUUAUACUUUAUAACCGCCGUGACUUUAGAGAAAGAUCGACGUGCUUGCCUCACCUAUGGUGUUGUGGCGCGGCCUUACAAAUUUGUUUCAUUCACUUGAGGAGUGCAUAAACACUCGUCCGCGUUACUUGUAUUAUGAUAGAUAAAAACUUGACUCUCUUAAAAAGGUGGUUCGUUGUACUCCACAAAAUAAAACUUUUCAGCUGCCUAAA